AUGGAAGUUCGUCUGCUUGUCCUCUGUAUCUCAUUGGUUGCUUUACACUGUGUUCUAGUUGGAGCAGAUAUAUCCGAUGCUUCAGCAAGUCGAAGAUAUAUCAGUAAAUAUCAACCGUUGUGUGAUUGCGAGCAAUGCCAAGACAGCAAGGAAGAAGGUGUAUCUUCUGUCGUUGGAGCCAGCACUCUUCCAGAUGAAAAGAAUAUUGACAUAAUUGCGACAUACAGCAACAAUCUUGGAGCUGUGCGGAGUAGUAGGGUUAAAAUGGGGGAUCUGUCUGCUUCCUGGGUCUUGGAAAAUCCUAUUGAUGGAAGGCAUGACCAUCCAAAGAGUUUUCAGAUGGUUGAGGAUCCAUUUCAAUCUGGAAUGACCUUUGAAGAGCAGACUGAGCAUCCUCCAGAUGAUCAUCAAGCUGGAAUAAAUGAACUUCCAUAUUCUCGUCUAUCAUCAAUGAGCCCAGUGAAGCUCAAGCGGCGGGAAAUGCGGCAAGAAAGGAGGAAUCUUCGGACUGCAGAGUUGAUAGGAAAAGAUAAAGAAGCUAAUAACCAGAUGGCAGCAGCAGCAAUUGAACGAUCAAAAGGCUUUGAACCCAUUGUCAAGGGAAAGUACAGCAUAUGGAGAAGUGAUUAUGAAAGCCCAAAUUCUGAUUCAACCUUGAAACUUAUGCUGGAUCAGAUUAUAAUGGCCAAAGCUUACGCAAACAUUGCCAAGUCUAAGAAUGAAAGCGAUCUUUAUAAUUCUCUCAUGAAACACUCUAAACUUAGUCAGCAUGCUAUCGGAGAAGCGAGUUCUGAUGUUGAGCUUCAUUCGAGUGCACUUAACCAAGCAAAAGCAAUGGGUCGCGUUCUCUCUAUAGCAAAGGACAAAUUAUAUGACUGCCUCACUGUGGAAAGGAAGCUAAGAGCCAUGCUUCAGUCAACUGAAGAGAAUGUAAGUGAUCUGAAGAAAAAGAGUGCAUUCUUGACUCAGCUUGCCGCAAAAACAGUCCCUAAACCGUUACAUUGCCUUCCUCUACAACUUGCAUCCGACUAUUUCUUGCUGGGUUAUCAUAGUAGAGAGGAUGUAAACAAAGAAAAGCUUCAGGAUCCUUCUCUCUAUCACUAUGCUAUCUUUUCCGAUAAUGUUCUAGCGACAUCAGUGGUUGUUAAUUCUACUGUGCUGCAUGCGAAGGAACCCAACAAGCAUGUUUUCCAUGUAGUCACCGAUAAACUAAAUUAUGCUGCUAUGAGAAUGUGGUUUCUUGUCAACCCUCCUGUAGGAGCAACAAUCCAGGUUGAAAACAUUGAUGAUUUCAAGUGGCUGAAUUCUUCUUCGUGUUCUGUUCUCCGUCAACUUGAAUCUGCCAGACUUCAAGAAUAUUAUUUCAAGGCAAAUCAUCCUUCAUCCCUCUCUCUGGGUUCUGAUCAUCUCAAAUAUCGGAAUCCAAAAUACUUGUCCCUGCUGAAUCAUCUCAGAUUCUACCUUCCUGAUGUUUACCCAAAGUUGGACAAGAUCCUAUUUUUGGAUGAUGAUAUUGUAGUUCAGAAGGAUUUGACACCUCUUUGGUCUAUUGAUCUUCAAGGGAUGGUAAAUGGUGCAGUGGAGACCUGUAAAGAGAGCUUCCAUCGGUAUGAUAAAUAUCUCAACUUCUCAAGUCCAAUAAUCUAUGCAAAUUUCGAUCCAAAUGCUUGUGGCUGGGCAUUCGGCAUGAAUAUCUUUGACUUGAAGGAGUGGAGGAAGCGAAACAUCACUGGAAUAUAUCAUCGUUGGCAAGACAUGAAUGAGGAUAGAACUCUUUGGAAGCUUGGUACAUUGCCACCAGGACUGAUAACCUUUUAUAACCUGACCCAUCCGCUGGAUCGGGGCUGGCAUGCGUUGGGACUUGGCUACGACCCAGCCCUCAAUCAAACAGCAAUAGAGAAUGCAGCUGUUAUCCAUUACAAUGGAAACUACAAGCCAUGGCUAGAUUUGGCUAUUUCGAAGUACAAGGCAUACUGGCUCAAAGAGUUAUCAUCUAAUGGAAAAUGGCAAGAACUGCUCUGCCACUACCAUGAAAUCAAGAAAGCUGGACUUCAACUAGCAGACCCUUCAGCCUUCCCUCCUAUUCUCAAAGCAUGUUCAAAUCUUCUCUCUCAUACCUAUGGAAAGUCAGUACAUGGAUGUUUGAUCAAGAAUGGAUUUGAAUCCUACACUUCCAUUGGUAAUUCCACCAUGGACUUUUACAUCAAAACAGGGGACCUAGAUUCUGCAUUGGGUGUUUUUAACUGUAUGAGGAGCAGAGAUGGAGUUUCUUGGAAUAUAUUGGCUUAUGGGUACCUUGAUGGGGGUGAUUUAGUACAAGGGUUGUGGUGGUUUAACAAGGCUAGGGUUUGUGUUGAUGGGUUUCAACCCAAUACUUCUACUUUGGUGCUUGUAAUUCAAGCUUGCCGUCGCCUUCGAGAUAAGUUUGAGGGUCUGAUAGUACAUGGUUACGUGAUUCGAGGGGGGUUUUGUUCUGUAUCUUCAGUUCAAAACUCUUUGUUGAGUCUGUAUGCAGAAGAAGCUGACAUGGACAGUGCGCAGAAAUUGUUUGAUGAAAUGCGUGACAAAGAUGUCAUCUCUUGGAGUGUGGUGAUUGGUGGUUUUGUGCAUUGUGAGGAAGCUCAGAUUGGGAUGCUGAUGUUCCAAAAGAUGGUAUAUGAGCGUGGUAUUGAGCCAGAUGGUUUAUGUAUGGUCAGUAUUCUUAAAGCAUGCACUCAUUUGAAGGACUUGACCAUGGGAACAUCGGUCCAUGGGUUGGUAAUCUAUAGAGGUUUAGAUUGUGAUCUGUUUGUUGGAAAUUCUUUAAUUGAUAUGUAUUCCAAGUGUCAGGAUGCAGAUUCUGCCUUUAAAGUUUUUGACGCGAUGCCACGAAGAAAUAGAGUCUCAUGGAAUUCCAUUUUGACAGGAUUUGUCUUUAAUGAGAGGCAUUUGGAUGCCCUAACACUGUUUUAUUCUAUGGGAAAGGAAGGAAUUGAGGCAGAUGAAGUGACACUUGUGAAUGUUCUUCAAACAUCCAAGCAUUUGCGCAUGUUUCAUUGCAAGUCCGUGCACUGUGUAACAAUCAGGCGGGGAUAUGUAUCAAAUGAAUUACUCCUGAAUUCUCUCAUUGAUACUUAUGCAAAGUGCAAUGAUGUUGACCUUGCCUGGAAACUUUUUAAUGGGGUGAAGAAAAGAGAUGUGGUUUCAUGGAGCACCAUGAUUUCAGGGUUUGCCAGUUGUGGUAGACCUGAGGAAGCAAUUGCCGUCUUCCAUGAGAUGAUGCAGUUGCAGGCACAAGACCAGAAGCCCAAUGAGAUCACCAUUAUAAAUCUUUUCGAGGCUUGUUCAGCUUCAGCUGAAUUGAAGAGGUCAAAAUGGGCGCAUGGAAUUGCUAUUAGAACAGGUUUGUCAGCAGAAGUAGCCGUUGGCACUGCAAUUGUUGACAUGUACUCGAAAUGUGGGGCAAUAGAAGAAUCAAGAAAGGCCUUUGGACAAAUUCUUGAAAAAAACACUGUGUCAUGGAGUGCCAUGAUAGCGGCAUAUGGAAUGAACGGUCUUGGCCAUGAAGCCUUAGCUUUGCUUGCAGAAAUGAAGCUGUAUGGUUUGAAGCCCAAUGCAGUGACCAUUCUUUCUGUGCUAUCUGCCUGUAGCCAUGGAGGCUUGGUUGAAGAGGGUGUUUCCUUGUUCAACUCAAUGGCUCAGGAUCAUGGAGUUGAAUCAAGAUUGGAACAUUACACUUGCGUAGUUGACAUGUUGGGUCGAGCGGGGAAGCUUGUAAUGGCAAUGGAGUUUAUCAAAAGAUUUCCGCAAGAUUUGAAGGUGGCUGCCCGGGCAAGCAAUGCUUGGGGUGCACUAUUGAGUGCUUGUAGAAGCUGUAGGAACAGCGAAGUUGGUCUAGAAGCUGCCUCUCAUGUCCUUGAGUUGGAGCCUGGAAACUCAGCUGGGUAUUUACUGGCAUCAAGUAUUUAUGCAGCAAGCGGGUUGUGGGUUGAUGCUGCUAGUAUGAGAAGCUUGUUGAAGGAAAGAGGGGUUAGGGUUGUGGCUGGCUACAGUUUAGUGCAUGUUGGUCACAAGGCAUAUAGAUUUGUUGCUGGAGAUCAUUCACCAGCUCAUGAUGGAAAUAUACACUCUAUGCUUCAAAUGUUGCAUGCUUGUAUGAAGGCUGAAAAGAGGAAUAUUGUUGAUGACUUGGAUUUAAUUGAAUAA